AUGGCGGCGCCGGGCGGUGAGGAGGUGCGGUCGGCCGGCGUGGGGCUGGGUGCCGGCCCGCCUCACCCCGGCGUCCCGCCUCACCCCGGCGUGGCGCGGCGGCGGGGCCGGACGCUGCUGGUGCGGCACCUGUCCGCCGAGCUGACGGCGGCGGAGAAGGAGGAUCUGCUGAAGCACUUCGGGGCGGUGUCUGUGCGCGUCCUGUCGGACCACGGGCGGCUGAAACAUACUGCUUUUGCUACCUUUCCCAGUGAAAAUGCAGCUGUGAAGGCUUUGUCAAGACUUCAUCAGCUGAAACUUUUAGGUCACACCUUAGUGGUUGAAUUUGCAAAGGAGCAAGAUAGUGUGCAGGUACUUAGCCAGCCUUCUGUCUCAGAGAAGUGUAAAAGUUCAGAAGAAGCAGUGAAAGAAGAAGAGAAGAAAGAACCAAGCUGUGUUAAAAUAGAGAAUGGAAUUGCACCCAACCAUGGCCUCACCUUUCCCAUCAAUUCUUGCCUCAAAUAUUUGUAUCCACCACCUUCAAGUACAAUUCUAGCAAAUAUAGCAAAUGCCUUGGCAAGCGUGCCCAAAUUUUAUGUCCAGGUACUUCAUCUGAUGAAUAAAAUGAAUCUUCCUCCACCUUUUGGACCAAUUACUGCUCGCCCUCCCAUGUAUGAAGAGUAUUUACCAGUGCCUGUGCCACCUCCCCCAAUCCCACCUCUGCCUCCUGAAGAGCCUCCUUUGCCUGAAGAGGAAGAAGAGCCACUAUCUAGUGGAGAUGAAUCAGAAUAUGAAAGUGAUAAUGAGGAGGAAAAGGAGAGAAUGACCAAGUUGAUGGAAUUAGCAACCCUUCAGCCUAAAAGACCAAUAAACACAAAGAAGCGUGGUGUUAGAAAAAAGCAAAGAAUUAAAGACUUAUUGAAUGUUCCCGUGUGUACUCCCCACAGUAAUUUGCACCCUACACUGUCACCUUCAGAUGUCUUUGAGCAGCCACAGCACGUAGGUCAUAAAAAAAUUGAGUUCCAUAUUACUACUGACAUCCCAGCUGUUCUUCAGAUAAACUCAGAAAAAGAAGAAAAAAAUGACCUUUAUGUAGCCACAGAAGAAAUCAAUAAUACAGGCUUUGGAAGGAUUUUCCCAGCUCCUAGCUCGAAUGAUAAAAUGGAAACUGAAGAGGAGGAUGAUGAAAUACCAUCAGAAUUUAUUUCUAGAAGGGAUCUAGAAAAAAACAGACUUUCUAGAGAAGAAAUGGAAAAAUUUUCUGUUUUCAAAAACUAUGAGCCAGGUGAUCCAAAUUGCAGGAUAUAUGUGAAGAAUUUAGCUAAACAAGUUCAAGAAAAGGAUCUCAAGUUCAUUUUUGGAAGAUAUGUUGACUUCCAGUCAGAAGUAGAACGAAAUAUGUUUGAUAUACGUUUGAUGAAAGAAGGCCGUAUGAAGGGACAGGCUUUCAUUGGACUUCCUAAUGAAAAAGCAGCUGCUAAAGCUUUAAAAGAAGCAAAUGGAUACGUCUUAUUUGAAAAACCCAUGGUGGUUCAAUUUGCUCGUUCAGCUAGACCAAAACAGGAUGCCAAUGAAGGGAAAAGAAAAAAGUAGAACACAGCACAAGGUCCCUUUUGUGUUCCAUCUCUUUCAAGUAUUAUCAAGCUGGGGGAAGAAGCAGUGUAAUCAUCGCAACUCUUGAACUGUGCGUAGUAGUGUUUCUAAAGUAUUUAAGGCAGAGUAUAAAUUUUCUCAUCUUAAAGAUUCCAAAUAUCUUUAAACUGUCACAAGACUUAUAUGAUAAAUAUAUGUUGG